GUGACUUUGGCCACAGAAUUGUGUUGUUUUUUUCUGGUGUUUGACAGUAGACGCCGUUUAACCACGGGGAUAUGGAGGACAAGACGGAGAAGCUGAAGCUGAAACGGGAGGUAGGGUUGAUGGGGGCUGUUUCCCUCAUUGGAGGGACGAUGAUUGGAGCUGGAAUCUUCAUGACCCCUCAGACUGUCCUCUCGACCAUUGGCAGCCCUGGAGCCAGUCUGGUGGUGUGGGCAGCCUGCGGUGUACUGGUGAUAAUGAUUUCUUUCUGUUACGCCGAGCUGGGAACAGUCAUAAAAGAAUCAGGGGGAGAGUAUAUCUACAUCCUAAGGACUUCUGGUCCAGUCCUCGCUUUCAUGUUGAUCUUCAGCUCUGUAUUUUUUGUUCGACCUGCUGGUGUGGCAGGUCUGGCACUGGGUUUUGCUCAGUAUGUCGUGGCCCCUUUCUACUCAGACUGCCCACCUCCAGUGGUGGUAGUGAAGUGCACUGCUGCAGCUACAAUUUUGCUACUUGCCAUUGUGAACUGCCUAAAUGUGCGCAUGUCCAUGUCAGUCCAAGUUUUCUUUAUGGUGGCCAAGGUCCUGGCUCUGGCUAUCAUUAUAGUAGGAGGCGUGGUGAUGCUUAUUAGAGGGCACACUGAAAACUUUGAAAACUCUUUUGAAAACACAAAUCUGGGCAUCAGUCCAAUUGGUAUUGCCUUCUACCAGGGACUCUGGUCCUAUGACGGCUGGAACAACCUCAAUUAUGUGACAGAGGAGCUGAAACGUCCUGAGGUGAAUCUCCCUCGGGCAGUAGUGAUAGCCAUUUCUCUGGUGACAGGCUUAUAUCUGCUGGUUAAUGUGAGCUACCUGACAGUAAUGACGCCUAAAGAGCUCAUGUCUUCCUCUGCAGUCGCAGUGACCUGGGGGAAUAAGGUGUUAGGAAGCUGGGGGUGGCUCAUGUCACUGGCUGCUGCGCUGUCUGCUUUUGGUUCACUGAACGGCACAUUCUUCAGCGGUGGACGUGUGUGCUUUGUUGCUGCCAGGGAAGGACAUAUGCCAGAUAUUCUAGCCAUGGCUCACGUCCGCCGACUGACUCCAUCUCCAGCCUUGAUCUUCACAACCAUCAUCUCUCUCAUUGUGCUCAUCCCUGGAGACUUUCAAAGUAUCGUCAACUUCUUCAGUUUCACUGCUUGGUUUUUCUAUGCCAUAACCUUGUCGGGACUUAUCUACCUCAAGAUCAAGAAGCCAGAGCUCCCGAGGCCGUACAAGGUCCCAAUUAUUCUCCCCAUUCUGGUCCUCAUUGCAGCCAUAUUCUUGGUGCUGGCACCCAUCAUAGAUGAUCCUCAGAUUGAAUACCUCUACGUGUCUUUGUUUAUCUUAAGUGGAGCUAUAGUCUACGUACCAUUCAUCCAUUACAAGCUCUGCCCAGGACUUCUGACAAAGUUUACAGUGUUCCUUCAGUUGUUCUUAGAGGUCGCUCCAGCUGAGAAAAACCUUUAAUUCUGGCAGGAAGUUAUAUUGAUUUCAACUGCACCUGGGUUUAGUUUGAAAUUACGCACCCAGUCCUUCCUCCCAUUUCUAUUAAAACAGUGCACACAGAUUUAACAUCGGCAGAGGGGUGCAGGUAACCACAAUCUGCCUGGCAAUUACAUGAGGCAAUUUCAAUAAACAUAAAUACAGUAAGACUGAUUCAUGCAAAAAAAGAAGCACAUGUUGUUUUCUAUAUGAAAUCAAGAUCUUAUAAUCUGUGUUGUAUUGAUAGUUUUUUUAUUAUAAAUAUUUGUUCUAAAAAGAUUCCGGUUUACACAUAUGCUCCACAUUAAAAAAGUACAAAAAUUAACCUUUCAGUGUUACACUUGAUUUGAAAAAAAAUAUCUCAGUAUUUUAAAAAAGUGAAAUAUUUUAAGCCCUUUUUUGUUUUGAUUUUUAAGAUGUUGGCUAACAGCUCCCGAAAAUCAAAAUAUAGUAUUUCAAAUAAAACAUUAUUUAUGAAAAAUAUUUUAUAAUACAAAAGUGUAAAAUUUCAGUACUUAGUCUGGGCCCCUUUGAAACACUUUAUUAAGCACUGGUAAAGCAUUAGUAUAUACUUAAAAUAAAGCAUUAUUAACUAAUUUUAUGCCAUUUACAAACACUGCUAUGAAAGCUUUACUGGCGCAUUUGUGAAGCAUUGAAAAAUAUUUAUAAAGCACUCUUACUUGAUUUAUAAGUCAUGUACAAACCCAGAUAUUAAAGAAGAGAAUUAGAGCCACAUUCGAAGGAGAAAAUAAUUUUGGGCAUGUCAAGAUUAAAGUAAAAAUGACAAGAAUGAAUUUGAAAUUUUAUUUUCUCCUUCUAAUGGCCCUAAUCCUCUUCCGUACAAAUAUAAACACUUUAUUGAUGCAUUUGUAAAACAUUAGUAAAGGGGCGCCAUCAGGGAGAGUUAGGAAUGCAUUACUAAUGUAGAAAAUCAAUCAGAUUAAUUUUAAAUUCAUCACUAAUCUUUUAUACAUGAUGACAUACCAAUUUCUAAUGCAAUUAUUAACCAUUUAUUAUUUAAUUUAUAAAUGGCAUACAAUUAAAUAAUAAUGAUUUAAUGAUGGUGAUGAAUUAAGUACUGAUAAUUAACAAAUAAUUAAUAUUUAAUUCUUUUGCUCAUGCUUUGUUACUGCUUUAUUAAUGGUUAAAUUGUAAAAUUAUCAUUAAGUGUUACUUGCUCCUGUGCAUGAAUUACUCUGUCCAUGCAGUGUAGCAUGGAGGUGAUCAGUAAUAUGACUAAUAGUCGGGAUGUCUGGUGUAGAGUCAUGGUUAACCUACAUUUUCCUGACCAUCACCAUAUUGUUGGCAGAGCAAAACGCUGUACAUUGGUCUUUGUUUAGCCUUCUGAGCCCUCUUUAGGCCCCACCUUAAGAACCACUGUUCUAAAUAAACAUGUUCUCAGAGGGUUAACAUUUCUGUAUUACAGUCCUUUUUUGAUUAGUCUUGAUUUAUUGGUGUGAAAUAUUUCACUUUGUUUGUUAUGGAUCUAGAAUAUAAAAUAUUCAUGUUUUGCAUUCAUUUACACAAAAAACAACUUUUCCACAAAAAAAUGAGAUAUAUCUGUACAUACAGUGUAGAACAUUUUGCUGUUUAUAAUAUAAUAAAUAUUAAUAUUAUUUUAAAAAGUCCAGAAUUUACUCUUUUGUAAGUCCUUGGGCGCUGUUAUCAAAUCUGAGGGGUGCGACAUUGCAGCUGCAAGGACAAUAUAAAGCUGAGGAUUUUUUUUCUAAAAAGAACAGCUGUUUUAUAUAAAAUAUGUGUCAGUUAAAAAUGUAUAUGUAAAGCAAGAUUGUGAUAAAAUACUGCAUCAACAACUGUGUGUCAACAAACUGUAUUUAUGGCAGCAUUUCCACCAAGCAGUCCAGUUUUGUUUAGUAUGAUUUUUUUUGCCACUGCUAAAAGUUGGAAAACAUUCGAAAAGAACUGAUCUGUACCUUCCUAAUUUUCGGCACCUUUUUGUUGAAGCAUACCUAUUGGACCAUACAGGUGCAGCUAGACACUCUGAAAUCAGAGAGUCAUUUCAAGGCUGCUUUUAGUGCCAAUGCCAGUGCAUAGUGUGUACAACUUAGAAGAAAGAGCAACAAAUUCUGGAUGUUAUCCAUUUUGCUUGUUGAAUUCACUGACAGGCUACACUGUCACACUGCUAUGGCAUGAAGUAACGUCAUUGAUAUAAACAGUAAAGAGAAUAGGACCCAUAACUGAACCUUGUGGCACACCUUUAUCAACAAAACUGACGCCUGUUAUGAAAAGAUCCUG